AUGGAGCACAUAUUCUGGGGCUCGACCAGUCGAGGAAAGUGGCGUCACACGCGCAAACUAGGCUCUUUGCUAAGCGACGUCGAAGAUUUGACCAUCCGGAAACACCUCACUGCCGAUCACCUGGACUCGGCCAACAAGGUCUCCGAAGCCACGCGUCUGUGUCUGUACUCGGCCUGCUUUCUCCCAAUCAUGUUAUAUAACUGUGAUAACCACUUCAUCUUCUCCAACUUCUCCGCCAGCUCAGCGGUUGGAUGGAGAGGACCACACUGUACUACACUUCCUCUCGGCCUCGCAUCGGACCUCGACACUACGCCAUUGGAUUACGAGCAACCAACAGUUCAAGACCUCGAAAACCUCCACCAACUCAUCCACAUCGACCUGCUUGGGACCGCCUUUGGCGUACUCUGCUUGUCAAUUUCCCACCGAAAAUGGAUUCGACGUAUGUGA